CGAAGACAAAUGACACUGCGUUCGAUUUGGAUGCUUCCAUAUUUAUUGAACAGACAAAAUCAGAGAAAGCAUGCUUUCCUAAGAGGUGCUCUUUGAUGAAACCCGCGAGCAAGCAUCCAAUCCAGUGUAUUGCUCUAUUAAUGUCGAUAUAAAUGGGGAAAUAAAGAGGAUAAUGGCAGAUUACUUGUCUGCAUUGGGCCUACCCGUGAUGCGUGCGCAUGUUCACUGGUGAAUUUGGCGGUUGAGUUUGUGUCAGUCGCUGGGAUUGUGGCUCGAAUCACCAACCAACUAUCAAAUUGUGAAAAUGCCUCCCAUCAUCAGCGCAUGAUUCGUUGGGUAAGUAUAGGAGUACAACAGCUUCUCUUCGAAUCAAGAUCGACGGUGAAGAACAGUACAUCCACUAAAUGAUAUCACAAGAGGACUGCAACUAUUCAGUACAUGUUCGCAAAAUGCAGACGCACGAUCUUGUCAAUGUAACUUCGCAUACGGGUAGAUCCAAGCAUCACGCAAACACGGCUGUCGUGCAUCUUAAGCUGUUGACUCCAUAAAAGUGCAGUUGCCGAUGAGUUGCUUGUCGACAGUUACAAGAAGUAACGAAGCAUAAGAAUAUGUACAGCCCCAACCAUGGCAACGUUUAAUAUAACUGCUCUGAGAGGCGAUCAGUCUCAGAAUGAGUGGGUAUGUCAGAUCAUAGCGACAGAAGGCGUCGUUGGGUUCCUAGGAAACCUCAUCGUUUGCCUCGUUAUUUUACGUGCCAAGUUCCUACACACUUUGACGAACUACAUGCUGAUAAAUUUGGCGGCGGCCGACGGCUUGUUAUGCCUCUGUGCAUUUUUUGACAAUCUUGUUGCGUCCCCAAACUGUGCGCUACUUCGCUACGUUUCAGCCAGCCCCGUUGGGAGGGAACUUUUCUGUCGCCUUCUGGCGUCCCACUUUCUAACCUGGGUGUUCGGAUACGCAUCGGCUUUCAACCUGUGCCUAGUGACUCUGGAGAGAUACGCGGCCAUCGUCCAUCCACUGAAGUACGCCAGGCUGCUCACGGCCACGCGGAUGAAAGCUCUGGUGGCUCUGACCUGGUGGACCUCCGUCCUGAUGUCUCUGCCUUUUCCGUUCACCAUCCAAUCAAGCGACGAUCCUCAGAAAGCCUGCUCUACGUUCCAAUAUUCUCACCAGGCAGUCCCCAUUCUCCUGGGCGUGUUUGUGGUUCUAAUAAACUACCUGCUGCCCAUAAUACUGAUGAGUUUGGCCUACUACAAAAUACAAGUUACCCUCAAACAACAAGCCGCAGCUCUGGGCCUGCAGCAAGCCAGGGCGGCCGCCUACGAUCUCCUGAUCGCCAGACAGCGCCUGGUCAGCAUGCUGACCGUCGUCCUGGGAGCUCUCGCAGUCCUUUGGACUCCGGGAUUUCUGACUGUUCUUCUCUGUCUGGAUCCGACGGAGUCGAGCACGUUUUCCUUCUGCGGCUCGCAAGGUUACAGGUACGCCAGAGGCGUGGGCAAUAUUCUCUUCUAUUUCAACUCUGUAAUCAAUCCCGUCAUCUACGAGUUUAAGUACAAGAAAUUCCGGCAGGGGCUGAGACAACUGUUCUGUCGUUGUUUCAACAAGCACGGUACCAAUUCGGUAGACACAGAGAUGACUCCAUCUUGAGAUGGGCUGUAUACUGGAUCUUCUUCCCAGAUGCCACCACUUUCUGCAACCACACUUAGAAUGUAUUGUCAACGAACUAAAGAAAAGUAAAAGCCGAAGAUCCCAGAAGAGGAACACAGACGAGCAGGAAUAUGCUGAUAAAGACAUAGCAGGUAGUUUCAGUGUUUUCGACGAUGAACAUUGAGAAAUUCACAUUUCGUUUCGUGUAAUUUUGAAUAACAACUACCAACACGAGAACUAGAAUGAAACAAAUCACUUUAGAAUAAACUUCACUUACCCACUUUGCCAGACAUAAUAUUAAAAAUAGCAUUUUUAGUGGGAAAAAAUUUGAUAUUACAACCAUUCGAUUCUACCGGUGUGCAGUAGGGAUGCAUGUGGUAC